CCAGACCCCUGAUUCCUGAGCUGAGGAAACAAGGGCAACUUCUCCCCUCGUCCUCCCUCACCUCCCAUCCCUCCCCCAGCCUCUCCAGACUUAGUUCCCUGGGUGCUCGAGGGGACAGCAGGCAAGGUUCUGAAGAACCGGGCUCCUUCGGGCCACUCUGGUAGGGGAAGGAGGAGCACGUUCGGAUGCUUUCUGGGGCAUCUUGAGUUGGGUUGGAAGGGUGGGUGGAGCAGGCCAGGGGAGCAGGGCGUAUGCUGGGUCUUUAAUACGUGGCUGGGAGGAAGGUGGGGGCUGAGGCUGAGCAGCUCAGAACAAAGGGCUGGGAGGGGCUGGCACCCUUGUCUGGUUUGAAAUUUAUCUGUAGGGGAAACACAAUGGCAUCGGCUUCCCUCCUGGGUGUGUUUGAAGUGGUCCUGGCCAGGGCUGUGUGUGUGUGCAUGUGUGUGCGCGUGUGAGACUUCUUUAUUUAGUAGUCCCAACAGCAGGAUUUAUUUAUACUAUCUCUCUCCCAAGUCUCAGAGGAGGUGUCUGGGGAUCGAGCGUGGGCGACCCUGGAGCCAGAGCGUAUUAAUUCCUUAACUAAUUCUAACUGAGCCGUACGGAGAAGCAUUUCACCCCAGGGUCCUCACAGCAGCCCCAUCAAACACGCAUCAUUGUUUUCCUGUUGUACUGAUGAGCCUACCAGGCUGCAGAGCACAGAGAAGUUAGGUAACUUGCCUGUGGUCACGGAGCGGGUGGCCGGGAGAGUCGGGGUUUGAAUGCGGAGCCUCGGACGCGCGUCCCGGCUCUUUGCGCCACUGGCUCCGGGAAUGUGAGCAUUAAGGGCAAGACUGAGAGGGUGCGGAGUCCAGACCCAGGCGAGGGCAGGUCUGUUCCCCUUCACUUUUCCACCCCCUGUCUGGAGCCCACCUGUUCUCUUGAACCUCACGGUGGAGUUCAGUUUGGGGACGAGAAUAGGCUGCAGACGGAGGGCGGGCACCUAUGGAGAUGUGAGCCCGGAGGAAGGGUUCUCGGGCACUGGGCUGCAGGAGCCCCACGUGUCGUUUGUGGACGGGGCGCCUGUUCACGGCCACGGUAUCGAGAAAGGGUUCGGCUUGGGUUGAGGCUCUGUGUCUCUGUCCCCUAAACGUGUGUCGGUCACUUGCUUGCCUUGACGUGGGGCUAUGGACAGGCAUGGCGAGGCCACGGGGCUGCCUCUAGGGAGCUGGUAGGGGGCCAAGGAAUGGGGGAUGGACGUCAUCUCCCACAGUCAUGGCGGGCUCCCUGGGAGUCAGAGCAGCGGGUGCAUUCCCAAGGUCAGUGCCGGUUUCUUGCCGCGUGCCCCUGGGAGGGGGGUGGACACAGCCGGGUCUCGGUCGUGCUUCGCGUUCUCCGGUUGCCGAAGACCUGGCUUAGUUGGAGAAAAGUUAACGGCGACACGAAGGCAAGCCCAUUUCGGUUCUGAACAUCGUUGACUUUAUGACAGCAUGUGACCUCGAAACGCCCUCCUGUUCUCAGCGCCACGGCAGCCCUUCUGGCCCUCCUGCUCCUCCGGCCUUGUUGGCCCCUUUGCCUGUUCUUACAUCCUGGGAUUCCCAGAUGCCCCCUACGCAUUCCUCUUCCCGGGGUCCCACCCGUUCCCACCUCGCACCCCGUCAGCACCUCCAGCUCAGUCUCUCCCGGGUCUGGCUCCUCAGGAACCCCACUGCCUCCCUGACCGCCUGUCUCGUGGCCUUGAACUCAGCCCGUUGGAAACGGAGCUCGCGGCCUUCCUCCCCGGGUUGGCCCCCCCUUCCCCCACGUGACAGCACCGCCAUCUGCUCUCUUGCGCGGGCACUCCCUGCCCUCAGCCAGACCCCGGUGGCCCUGCUGAUCCUGCCAGCAUGUCUCACACACGGCUCUUGUCACCUCCAGGCCUGCACGCCUCCGUCCCCGUGUUCCCACGUCUGCUCUCGUCUCCCCCGUCCCUGCCCGCACAGCUAACAUCCUUCACAGGCUUCCCCUUGUGCUUGGAAUAAGACGUGAGCUCCUCGCCUGGCCCAGGAUCUCGGAUAAACUUGGCCCCUGGCUACCUGUCACCACCCUCUUCCUCAGCUCCAGUCCCACUGGCUGUUGCUGGUCCGUGAUAUUCACCGAGCUCUGCCGCCCUUGGUCUUCCCGAGCGCGCCUCCCUGCCGUUCUCCUCCACUCUGGCUGGUUCGCUCCUGCUCUCCCUUUAGGCUCAGGUGUCAUGUUCUCUGAGAAACUUUGCAGAAGCACUCAGUUUCUGGUCGCGGGCCCCAGAGCAUCCCUCCUGGUUUUUCUCUCUUUUCCUGUCAUCACUGCAGUGGUUAGUUCUGGUUUCCUCGGUCAGUGUGCACCUGCCCCACUCAGCCCGGGAAUGCGGUGUCAGGUCCCCGCCGUACCCCCGGGGCCUCGCGGGGAGCACAGUGCACGGUGGUCCCUGAGAGUGAGACCACGGGCUGGCGAGUGAGGCUGGGAAAUGCGUGUGUGCAUGGCGGAGUCGUGUGUGCGACAGAGGAGGGACAGAGGAGGGACAGAGGGGAGAUGGCACCACGUUGACUGUUGGUCGUGGAGGGCUGGGCUCUGGGGGCCCCGGCAGGAUGUGGGUGGGGGGUGGGGAAGCAGGAGAAGGAAACGCUCGCUCUGCUCUGCGGAGCGUGCAGAAUGAGCACGCCACCCGGAGCGCACACAGCCAGGACCUUGCCUCGACCUUGCCGUUUACGGACGUGAGGCUUUUAGAGAAUAGUUCCUGCUGCCUUCUACUCCCCGCUUGCCUCCAACGUUAUCCACAGUUUCCAUUCCUGAUCUUGUCCCCUAGUCUGUGUGCGCGCACGCACACACACACACACACACACACACACGCACACGCACGCACAUCCCGUCUCUGAGCCUCAGGAGGAGCCGCCAGCUUGACCCGGCUGUUUGAUGUAGAUGCUGGCAAGAUGGUGACAGGAGCCUUCCUUCUGUGGGCAUCCUUGGAAGCCGAACGCCGCUUGAUUUUCUCUGAGAUAAGCCCACCCGUCCAGCAAGAUAGAGUCCCUCAGGGUGACGGUUGAUUUCCUGAAGGUGCCCCUUGGCCUGAAGAAGCCGGUGCUGAAGGAGGCGGCUGUGGGGCCCCCCAGAAGGCCCCAGCCCGUGGCCCUGGAGCGCUACAAGGCACGGCGUUCGGACGCCAUGGACACCGAGUCCCAGUACUCGGGCUAUUCCUACAAGUCGGGCCACUCCCGCAGCUCCCGCAAGCACAGAGACCGCCGGGACCGGCACCGCUCCAAGAGCCGCGAUGGGAGCCGCGGCGACAAGUCCGUGACGAUCCAGGCUCCAGGGGAGCCCCUGCUGGACAACGAGUCCACGCGAGGGGAUGAGCGGGAUGACAACUGGGGGGAGACGACCACAGUAGUAACGGGCACCUCAGAGCACAGCAUCUCCCACGAUGACCUCACGCGCAUCGCCAAGGACAUGGAGGACAGUGUCCCGCUGGACUGCUCCCGUCACCUGGGUGUGGCAGCAGGGGCCACGCUGGCGCUGCUUUCCUUCCUCACGCCACUGGCUUUCCUGCUGCUGCCCCCGCUGCUGUGGCGGGAGGAGCUAGAGCCCUGCGGGACGGCCUGCGAGGGCCUCUUCAUCUCCGUGGCCUUCAAGCUGCUCAUCCUGCUGCUGGGCAGCUGGGCCCUGUUCUUCCGGCGGCCCAAGGCCUCGCUGCCGCGCGUCUUCGUGCUGCGCGCACUGCUCAUGGUGCUGGUCUUCCUGCUCGUGGUGUCCUACUGGCUCUUCUACGGCGUGCGCAUCCUGGACGCCCGCGAGCGCAGCUACCAGGGCGUCGUCCAGUUCGCCGUGUCGCUUGUGGACGCCCUGCUCUUCGUGCACUACCUGGCCGUGGUCCUGCUGGAGCUGCGCCAGCUGCAGCCCCAGUUCACGCUCAAGGUCGUGCGCUCCACCGACGGCGCCAGCCGCUUCUACAACGUGGGCCACCUCAGCAUCCAGCGAGUGGCUGUGUGGAUCCUGGAGAAGUAUUACCACGACUUCCCUGUCUACAACCCCGCUCUCCUCAACCUGCCCAAGUCCGUCCUGGCCAAGAAAGUGUCCGGCUUCAAGGUGUACUCCCUCGGAGAGGACUUCCCGGGAUGGGGAGCCAGCGCACUGAGAGGUGACCGUGCCCACCUGUCCUGCUCCUGUGCAGAAAACAGCACCAACAACUCCACGGGCCAGUCUCGGGCCGUGAUCGCGGCAGCUGCUCGGAGGCGGGACAACAGCCACAACGAGUACUACUACGAGGAGGCAGAGCACGAGCGGAGGGUGCGCAAGCGGCGGGCCAGGCUCGUGGUGGCGGUGGAGGAGGCCUUCACUCACAUUAAGCGGCUGCAGGAGGAGGAGCAGAAGAACCCCAGGGAGGUGAUGGACCCCCGGGAGGCGGCGCAGGCCAUCUUUGCUUCCAUGGCCCGGGCCAUGCAGAAGUACCUUCGCACCACCAAGCAACAGCCCUACCACACCAUGGAGAGCAUCCUCCAGCACCUGGAGUUCUGCAUCACUCACGACAUGACGCCCAAGGCCUUCCUGGAGCGGUACCUGGCGGCCGGACCCACCAUUCAGUACCACAAGGAGCGCUGGCUGGCCAAACAGUGGACGCUGGUGAGCGAGGAGCCGGUGACCAAUGGGCUCAAGGACGGCAUCGUCUUCCUCUUGAAACGCCAGGACUUUAGCCUGGUGGUGAGCACCAAGAAGGUCCCCUUCUUCAAACUCUCCGAGGAGUUUGUGGAUCCCAAGUCGCACAAGUUUGUCAUGAGGCUGCAGUCGGAGACCUCGGUGUGACCGAGCCGCGGGGCCGGGGGCGCGGGCCCCGUCUCCUGCCGCCCUUCGGCCCCUGCCCCCAUUUCCUUUUACUUGAAUUGACUCCCUGCCCGUCUGCCCCUUCCUCCUUGGUUGCCCCACGGGAGCCUCAAGAGGCCCCUUUGUCGUCAGCAGAGCCUGGGAAGCUCGCUCUCAGUCCCCAGCCCUCACUUGGUGCCGUCGUGCAGGAAUCCGCGCCUCUCCCUCUCUCCCUCCCGGAUGGUGGUCUCUCCUGAGAGGGGACAGGGCCCCCCUGAGCCCCCAGCACCCCCCAAACCAGGUUCUGGUAGCAGUUUCCGCCUGUGGCCCCGAUGAGAUGUCCCGGGGGCCCAGACAUGACUCCAGAGAGCCACCGUGCCAAACUUCCAGAUGGGGGGUCGUCCACUCCUCCUGCCCACUCAGCUGGCCCGGUACCAUCGCUGAGUCCUCGGGGCAGGGUAUCCAUGCGUCCCCCUGACUCGGCCCGGGUCGGGGGUCUCCCUGCCGUGGUCACUGGCUUUGUCUGUCGGAGCCUCCCCUGCACAGCCACACACAUUCAGAGCAAGGGGAGAUUCUGCCCUUUACCCCUAAAGUCUCUGCCUUCUGUCUCUGAGUCAUAUGGUCUCCUGCGACCAUAGCCAGACUAGGCAGAAACCCUCUGUGACCACCUUUCCUAGGCCGUGGGGGAUGGUGCCUUCCCUCACUGGGUUCGUGCUGGGCAGCCACUGAGGGAAGGGUGGGAGAGACCCUGGGGAACAUCGCGGAUCCCCACCCUGAACCUGCCUGUACCCUCGUUCCUGCCUUGCUGGGCCAGGUUUCCCCUUCCUGGGGCAGGAUGGCGAGUAGACGCCAGCCCUGAUUUAGUGGCUUGCCGCCCAUAACCUGAUGACCCCUGCGGUCUUAGACCAAUGCUUUUCUUUCCUCCCUGACCCCCCCACACCCCCGUGUGUCUUCUCUCUGCGCCAGGGACCUGUUGCCUCAUCUCGUUUGGGGGGGAGCCGGUAGUUCCUCCUCAUCCCCUGCCUUAAGCCCACUUCUUUGCCUCAGGGGUCUCUUUUCCUUGGCUGGCCAGGGUCCCCUCCUGUCUCCCUGCCUGGUUCUCUGGGCGCUUGUCUCCCUCAGUGCUGGGGGGAGGGGCCAGGAUCGCCGCCUUCGUGGGUAUCUGUCCCUCGCCCUGUCGAGCUUCUGUAGUCUCUACAUCCGAUCUGAAUUCUCUAGAGUUUAGGUCUCUUUUUGAGCAAAAUUCACCGGUCUUCUAAGACAUAUUUUCAAUGUAAAUCUGAGCCUUUCACUCAGAUAUGUAGUUUUAGCCAAGGGAACUGGAACCUCCAGCUGGGAUCCCCGUGGCAGACCAUUGGCGGCAGGGCUGGAGGGUGCCCCCCGGGGCCGGGCCUCUGAGUAACUCGCCGGGCCCCUUCCCGGUCCCAUCUUCGGGCAGACUCACUGGUUCUGGGCACGCGGAGUGCCCCCUGGGCUCAGAUCCCCACUGGUCUCUGGCCGGGGAAGCUUCCUGCCUGUGGAAGGGCAGCCCUCCUGUUGGCCUUUCCCCUAUCCUCUCGGAGAAAGCACAUCUGUCCACCCACCACCUCCCAGACAAGGGCUCUUCGGCUUGUGCUGACCGCUGUCCUCCCGGCAGUGGGUUGGGGCCUGACUUAGGCAGUGCCUGAGGGAAAGACGUCCUGUCCUGGGGGUUGCGGGAAGGUAUCUUUUGUUCUCUUCAAGGACCGGUUUCCGAGGAGUCCCUCCUGGGUCGCAUUUCGAAAUAC